UUUAGCUUUUCUUUGUAUUUCUUCAGCCCCCAAAAAUGGCUACUUCACUUCCUAGAUCAGCCUUUUCUUUACUCUCUUUGCUUAAUUCAACCAUUAAUAAACCUUCUUUAUCACCAUUUUCAUCUCCAACACCUUCUUUCUUCACUAUCAAACCUAAGGUUACUAAUUUUUCUAGGUUUAUAUCAUCAUCAAUGGCUUCAGAUUCCAAGGAUUCACCUUCUAACAAUCCAGGGCUUCAUGCUACCCCUGAUGAAGCAACUAAAGGUUACUUUUUGCAACAAACUAUGUUUAGAGUUAAGGAUCCCAAAGUCAGUCUUGAAUUCUACUCCAAAGUGUUGGGCAUGUCCUUGCUCAAGAGAAUGGAUUUUCCAGAGAUGAAGUUCAGCUUGUACUUCAUGGGAUAUGAGGAUACAUCAUCAGCACCCAGUGAUCAAGUUGAACGUUUGGCUUGGACCUUUAGUCAGAAAGCUACAUUAGAGCUUACACACAACUGGGGUACUGAGAGUGACCCUAAUUUUACAGGUUACCACAAUGGCAAUUCAGAACCACGUGGCUUUGGACACAUAGGUGUUACUGUUGAUGACGUCUACAAGGCUUGUGACAGAUUUGAAAGUCUGGGAGUGGAGUUUGUAAAGAAACCUCUUGACGGGAAAAUGAAAGGUAUUGCAUUUAUUAAAGAUCCUGAUGGCUAUUGGAUCGAGAUCUUUGACACAAAACAUAUCAAAGAAGCUGCUAGUCCUGCUUCUUAAUUCAGUUGAGGCUGUACCUUCAAGCUAAAUAUCUCCAUUGUAGAAAGAGAGCGCUCGAUGCUUCUAUCACCAGUCUUGAUCAACUCAGAGAUCGAUUGAAGAGACUUCUUUUUUUCUUCUUCCUAAAUGAACAUAUUUUCGCGGUGUGUUUAAUUUUCUAGUGAAUGAAUUUUGUGCUAUGUUUUUAGGCAAAAAUCUUUUUUUUCUUCAUGUGAAAUGUGGACACAACAGAUGUAUACUGUAUUCAAAAUAAUAGAUUGGAUGAAAGUUCUGUGAUUGAGAAAUAAAAAUUGAAUAAGAAUCAUUGAA